AUGAACCCCCUUAAACCCCAACCUCCUAUUCAUGAAUCCCCUUCCCCCAACCUCUCCAUACUCCUCAAUCCUCUUUCUCUUUCCCAACUCCCCUACCCUCCCCAACCUCUCCUACUCCUCAAGCCUCUUCUCUUUCCCACUCCCCUACCUUCCCCAGACCUUCUCCUACUCCUCAUCCUCUUCUCACUCGACGCCCUACCUUCCCCAACCUCUCCCACUCCUCAAUCCUCUUCUCUUUCCACUCCCCUACCUUCCCCAACCUCUCCUACUCCUCAAUCCUCUUCUCUUUCCACUCCCCUACCUUCCCCAACCUCUCCCACUCCUCAAUCCUCUUCUCUUUCCACUCCCCCUACCUUAACCCCAACUUCUCUACUCCCUCUAAUCUCAUUUCUUUUCCACUCCCCUACCUCCCCACCUCUCUACUCUCAUCCCUCUUCUCUUUUCCCCAUCCCCUACCUUCCCCAACCUCUCCCCACUCCUCAAUCUCACGGUCCCUCAUUCUCCCCAACCUUCCUUUCCCCUCUCUUCUACUCGCCCAAUGUUCCACCCACUCCCUCUCCCCAUCCCGUCUCUCCCAUGACCGAGGAAGACUUGGACGGAUACAUGGAGCAAUUAGAACACGAAUACGACAGCCUGGAAAAGCUCAUUGCAGAACUGGACGAGUCAGAAACUGCAGGAGGCAUCAAGAUCAAUGGCAUCCGUCGGAGGAUAUUAAAAAUUAGAGAUAUCCUCAGGAAGAUCAUUCGCCACAGGAAGGCGCCCCCCUGUGACACACGGCAUCUCGUUCCCUACUCAGUCUGGCCUGGACUCUCUGCAGCACCUCGAGUGGACGGCCCUCAAAGAGGUAAGUCUCCAAGUGUUUCUCCUCCUUCUUCAUCGGUUUCUCAUCUUCCUCCUCCUACUCCUCCUCUACGAUCUUCUUUCCUUUCCAUUCCCCCACCUUCCCCAACCUCUCCUAUUCAUGAAUCCCCUUCCCCAAUUCCUCUCCUAUUCAUGAAUCCCCUUCCCCAUCCUCUCCUAUUCAUAAUUCCCCUUUCCCCAUCCUCUCCUAUUCAAUGUCCCCUUCCCCAUUCCUUCUCCUAUUCAUGA